AUGUUCUACAGCCACGAAAUACUCACCUCACCCGAGCACGGUGUCGCUACAAUAUGGUACGUGUUGGUCGCAACUCUAGGACCGAGGUCAAUCACGAAGAAACUCAACAGAAAAGCGAUACUGGAUGUCGACGUUCCCAAGGCUUGCCAUGUCAUCAUGGAUCCUGCGGCGCCAAUGGCGCUGAGGCUUCAAGGGAAUCUGCUAUACGGCGUUUCGAAGGUGUACAAUCAGCAAUGCGGCUAUGCGCUGACGGACGUCCAGACAAUGCAUGAUAGAAUGAAGUUGAUGUUGCGAGUUGUACCGGGAGGAGGACUGGACCCGUCCGCGGGGAAAGUGAAACCUGAUCAGCUGAUCCUUCCCUAUGAUCCGUCAUUCGCGCCUGAAAAUGACAUUCCCGGAAUGGGCAUCGACUUCUCCAAAUGGAGAAUCGCCAUCGACACAGACACAAGCGAGGACCCCGAUUUCGCGUGGCCCAGAACCCCAGAUCUCAGCCAGUCUGCCAUCUCGCGCAAUUCCAGUCUCCAACUCAGCCUUUCCUCCGGGGAUAUAAUGAUGAAAGACCUAGUGGGGUUUGGCUCGGAAACCGACGUGGGCUCUGCGCAACGGAGUACAGACUUUGCGAGACUCGCGGCCUCAACUCUCGGUGAAGAACAAGGAAUACUUCUCCAACCUGACUUCGAGUUUGACGAAGACGGGAAUAUAGUUGAGUUGGGAGGACCUUAUCUUCCAGGUGAGGUUAGACAGCGUAGGGAACUCAGGUUGAUCAGCGAAACACCUGUAUUUGGUGCGUCGAGAGAUAUCGCGAUAGAUGAUGUCUUCGGCCUUGAUCUCGGACGAGCUCACACUCCAGACGCAGAUAUUCGGCAAUCUAUUGAACACCCUGCGUCUGAAGCAAGACAUGAGAUGGAGAUUGCUCCGGAAACAGCAGAUGCCGCAAUGCGCCAGUCACGAGGAAGACAACAUAAGAUCAUACCCCCAGACACUGAGACCGUCUUGCAAAACACCGAGCUUGCCGAACUGAUGCACCAAUAUUUGCAGAACAUGGCUACUGCUGGGGCAAAACAGCAGCAUGGCCUGCUUCCUACUCAGGCUAAGAAAAAUGCUGCCUUCUGGGUUUUCGGCAAAGGAAUCGGUUCCGUCGGUAUUGGAGUGGGAGUUACUCGAUUUGCUCAUCCUCUGGAGCUUUUCUCAGGACGAGAGUUAUAUGAGACACUUAGCCCGUUUGCCAUUCCAAAGAAACGCAAACGUGGUCGCCCAUCUGGCAAAGACAGCGAUGCUGAGUUGGAAGUGCGUCGUGUGCGCGCACGCGAAGAGCUCGAAGAACAAGUUGGCCGCGGUGAGAAUGAUGGCGGUGUUAAUUGGCAAGAGGAAAUUGAGAUCGGCCGUCAAGCCUCAGCUAUCCGCGAGGACAACUCCAUCAUGCCCUGGAACAUCACUGCAUCAGUUCAAAGCUCCCAACAUGGAUCAGUCACCGCAAACAUCUUCCGCGGAGUAGGAAGUAUGAGUGACUUUUCGUCGCAUGGAUUUGGCGAGCCUUCCGGACUCGGAGCAUAUCGUAGUCGUCUGACCAGCGCCAGUCCUCUCGCAGGACGCGGCUAUCCAGCAGACAUUGAAGGUCUUCCUGGCUUUACAGACGACGAUCUCGAAGACUUUGACCUCAGUCACUACCUCCAGAACGAGCUCUACGCCAACGACUAUGCAAAUGCAAUGGAUAUUGAUCUCACCGGCCCAAACAAAGGCAAAGAACCAGUCAGGAAUCCUCCCCUCCCUCUUCGAGACCGCAUUAUACAAUCAAACCUUGACCAAGACAGUCUGAAUUUCCUUGAAUUCGUCAUGAAGAAAAUCGAGGAAUUGAGUAUUGACACGACUCAAGACAAUCAAUCAGGCGCAGUCGCAGGCGCAGACACCGAUGUCAAUGCAUCCAUGCAACUGAAAGGCCUGCCUUUCACGACAUUGCUUCCGCAGAGGAAAACUUCUCGUGCCGUGGCUACCCACGGCCUCGCACACACUCUUGCUCUCGCAACCAAGGGAAUCCUCUCCGUUCGGCAGGAAGCCUACAAGGAUCUCAGCACAGAGGAGUACGGUGCAAGAUACGAAUACGGCGAGAUCUUCCUACGCCUAGCGUAGGAGAUCUAGGUCUGCCAUGGUCGUUGCUUCGAUUUACCAGUUCAAGCAACAUAGGGCAACACAGCACAACAUAACACAAAAGCCUCAUCCCCCGUCAUUUCCCAAUCGCCAUCUCAUCUCAUCGAUUUAUUCUCUUUCACCUUCCCCUCUCCCUCUACAAAAAGACCCAUAUCCUCCCCGUCAUCCCCAACUCACCAUGAACAAGCCUCUCGACCCCGCUAUGUAUGUAUGAGUAGACUUUACCGAUUUCUUUGCGAUGUUUUUCCUUGCAAACUUCUUUGUUGCUUCUUUCAUUCUUAUACGCUUUAUCUAC